AUGGUCUCCUUCCUUCGUCUUGCCGUUGCCUGCUUCGCUGCUGUCGGAGCUCUGGCAGCCCCUGUCGAGUCUCUUGAAGAGCGCUCCGACGAGCUGUUCAACAGCACCCUCCACGAGUUCGCCGAACGGUCCACCCCCAGCUCUACCGGCUGGAGCAAUGGAUACUACUACUCCUUCUGGACCGACGGCGGCGGCUCCGUGACCUACACCAACGGCGCCGCCGGCCAGUACAGCGUGCAGUGGUCCAACGUCGGCAACUUUGUCGGCGGAAAGGGCUGGAACCCGGGUUCUGCCAGAACCAUCAACUACGGCGGCAGCUUCAACCCCAGCGGCAACGGGUACCUGGCUGUGUACGGAUGGACCACCAACCCGCUCGUCGAGUACUACGUGGUGGAGUCCUACGGCACCUACAACCCCGGCAGCGGUGGCACCUACAAAGGCACCGUCAACAGCGACGGCGGCACCUACAACAUCUACACUGCCACGCGCUACAAUGCGCCUUCGAUCAUCGGCACCGCGACCUUCACGCAGUACUGGUCGGUGCGGACGUCGAAGCGGACCGGCGGUACCGUGACGAUGGCGAAUCACUUCAAUGCGUGGGCCAGCCAUGGAAUGAACCUGGGAACCCACAACUACCAGAUUGUUGCCACUGAGGGAUACCAGAGCAGUGGAUCUUCGUCCAUUACUGUGUACUGA